UUGUUGGAGAGGACACAGUCCGCUUUUUUUUUUUUUGUUUUUUUCGCUUUCAAAGAUGCAGGUCGCUCUGGAUACGCUGACUGCGCUCGAUGAGUUCUUCUUUGAGCCCAUUGCAAAGCACCUGCAUUCACUGCAUCCCAACCUUCCCUCGAUCGCCGACCGCGUUACGUCCGUGCAAGGCAGCUGGCACCUGUCGCCCAAGCAGCACGCCAUCGAGUUUGUCAUCUACAACAUCCUGUUUGCACUUGCAGUGUGGCUCGCAGCCAAGCGCCUGCCCAACUGGAGCACGCUGGUGUCGGAGACCACCGUCCCGCUGUCGUCCCGCGGCUGGUUCCCAAGGCUUCUGGAUGCGCUCUGCACGGUUGCCAUGCUCGUCUUCUACGGAUCGGCCAUCUACUACAAGACGGUGCGCGGCCACCUGCUCUUCUUGCUCCAGCCAUGCCACAUUUUCAGCGUCCUGCUCCUCCUGCUCUGCUUCUGGCCGGAAAAGAGCCUCAAGCGGCACGUCCUGUUUCACAUUCACAUCCACUGUCUGUGGGGCGCACUCCUGGCGUUGGUCUUCCCGGACUUUCGUGAUUACGGAAUGUAUCUCGAAAUCCACUUCUUCAUCAUGCAGCAUUUGGCGCUCGUCAUUGUCCCCCUGGUGUGGGUUUACACGGGUCGUUUCCCGCUCGUCUCCAUGUACGGCCGCGGCUUUUCGGUGACCAUCUUUGCCUUCUUUGUGCAUGCGCUCUACCACUCGUUCGUCCUCGCUUCGUUGGCCCUGUAUACUGGCAACAACCUCAACUACCUGAUGUCGCCGCCCACUGGCAUUUUGGAGAGCUUUGGCAGCUUCUAUCGACCCGUCAUGUACGCCUUCUGCCUGGUCCUGACGAUUAUCGUCCGCUUUGUUGUCAUUGGCACUGCUGCCAAGCUUCUCCGUAGCAAGCCCGUCGACGUGAAUGCCAACGGCCACUUUGAGGUGUACACCAGCCCCGCUGUUCAGCAUCAGCACCAGCAUCAAGAAUAAGCGCAUUUGUCUGUGACGAUGUAUGUUUCUCGUUUUCUUUUUGCAAUCUUAAGUCUCCUUCAGUUUUCAAUGCUGUCUUGUUCUCAUGCAACACUAAUACAAACUUCAUCCACCAACA